GGAGCCAUGGCAUCCAGACUGAGCCCCCGCAGGGCCCGGAGAUACCUCUUCCUGUGCACCCUCUGCUUAUCCUGCACCCUACUCUGCUACAAUCUUCUGCUCCGGAGCAUGCACAGCCGGGGGUACCAGCAGCUCAGCUGCCCUCUGCCCCUCAUCCUGGGGGGCAAAAAGCUGCUCCAGAAAUUACCCCCUUGUCCUCAAGUCACCCUCUCCCCUAGCAGCGAUUUGCCCUACACCGGACAGGACUGGAGGGGCAAGAACCAAACGGAACCCCUACAAGUGGCAAGUGUGCGCCCCAAAUCCACAGAAACCCCUGGAUAUAACACUUCUACCCCGAGAUACGGACAUAAGAGGCUUCCCCAGGCUAUCAUUGUGGGAGUCAAGAAGGGGGGCACCAGAGCUGUACUGGAAUUUAUUAGGGUGCACCCUGAGGUGAGGGCAAUGGGGACUGAACCUCACUUUUUUGAUAGAAACUAUGAGAGAGGUCUAGACUGGUACAGGAAUCUCAUGCCCCGAUCUAUGGACCGACAAAUCACAGUAGAGAAGACACCUAGUUACUUUGUGACACGGGAAGCACCUCGUAGGAUUUCAUACAUGUCUCCCCGUGUCAAGCUCAUUGUUGUAGUUCGUAACCCAGUGACUCGUGCCAUCUCAGAUUACACACAGACUCUUUCCAAGAAGCCAGACAUUCCCAGCUUCAGUGAGCUGGCCUUCCAGAACAGAACCAGUGGGGAGGUUGACACUUCUUGGAACGCAAUACGGAUUGGGCUUUACGCUUUGCAUCUACAGCCCUGGCUUAGUCAUUUUCCAAUCUCUCAGAUGCACUUUGUGAGCGGAGAACGACUCAUCACAGACCCAGCCGGGGAGAUGGCAAGGGUACAAGACUUCCUUGGUCUCAAAAGACUAGUGACAGACAAGCACUUUUAUUUUAAUAAGACCAAGGGUUUCCCCUGCCUUAAGAAGCCUGGGGGUGGAGGAUCACCUCGAUGCCUUGGCAAAUCCAAGGGUCGGACUCAUGUACAAAUCAACCCUGAAGAUAUAGACCAGCUGAGGGAAUUUUACAGGCCUCAUAACAUAAAAUUUUAUGAGAUAGUGGGGCAGGAUUUUCAUUGGGAAUAAAAAUAUAAAUAUAUACAUACACACAGAGAGUGAAUAGGAAAUCAUAGAAUAUUUUCAAAAAUGCUGAAAAAAUACAGAAUAUAGUGGGGGGGAAACAUAGUCUGAGUGAGAUGGAAAGGUAUUGGGAAACCAUUGAAUGAAGACAGAUAGCAAAAUAAGAGAGACAAGGUUAAGUAAGAAGAAUUGAAUAAAAUAGGUGCCAGGGAACAAGCACAAACUUGCUAGUAGAUAUCAUGAGCAAUUGAGGAAAAGAUAAAAGUUGAG